CUGAGGUGCCAUUCCUACACACAUCUGGACCCCAGUGAGGCUCAGGACCCCCAUCUCGCACAGCACUACAGGAUGCCUUUCGGAGGGGGAAACAAGUGUGGCUGCUGUCAAAAGACAGUGUACUUCGCAGAGGAGGUGCAGUGCGAGGGGAAGAGCUUCCACAAGUCCUGCUUCCUGUGCAUGGUAUGUAAGAAGAACCUGGACAGCACAACGGUGGCAGUCCACAUGGAUGAGAUCUUCUGCAAGUCCUGCUAUGGCAAGAAGUACGGGCCAAAAGGCUAUGGCUUCGGUGGAGGAGCAGGGACCCUGAGCAUGGAUAAGGGUGAAUCCCUCGGAAUCAGACAUGAAGAACAAGCCCCCCACCGUCCAACCACCAACACUAACCUCUCCAAGUUCGCCCAGAAGUCUGGCAGCUCCGAUGUGUGCCCCCGCUGUGACAAGGCGGUCUACGCAGCAGAGAAGGUGGUGGGGGGUGGAAAUGCCUGGCACAAGAGCUGCUUCCGCUGUGCAAAGUGUGGAAAGGGGCUGGAGUCCACCACUCUAGCUGACAAGGAUGGAGAAAUCUACUGCAAAGGAUGUUACGCCAAGAAUUUUGGUCCUAAAGGAUUCGGGUUUGGCCAGGGUGCAGGAGCACUAGCACAUGCCCAGUAGGACCCUGAUCAAUGGAACACCACAGACACCUGGCCCACUUGGAUUUAGCUGCCUUCAGUCACUCCCAACAUUCCUCUGUACUAUGAUGUCACACCAGAUAAAAGCAUAAGAGCUCUGGGUCGCUGCAGUAGACCUACUGGUCAUAGAUAAAAUUACUGAAAUGAGAAUGUUAGUCACUCACAAUCAAAUGAAGACGGCAAAUGAGUGUCAACUUCUGCAGAUUCAAAAACAACAAACAGCCUGCCAUGACAAAUUACUUGAUGCACAUCAAUGCAUCAAGUAAUUUGAAACAUUUAUGAAAUAUGAAAUAUUUAUAACAUUUAUCGUGACUACUCGGUUAGCAUUCUACAUGCGCAUUUCAAGUUGGUAUAUCCAAUACCAAACUCAACACUCCAUAGUGUUUCUGUUCAUGGAAAACCUAUAUGACAAGAAAAGUCAACCCUCAGUGAGUAUAUGUAAAGUGAAAGACAUGCGUUACACAGUUUACCCUCAGUUCAGAACUGGAGUACUGCUGCAUCACUGAGCUAUUCAGAGGCUCAGAGCUCUUAUCUUAACAGCUUUUUAGAUACUGUAUAAUGUGGAUUUCCAUAGAUUUCUCACAGCUUUGAAUACAACUCUCUGGGGUGUGCAUGUUCCAGUGCCUUUUUACGCUUUUAGCUGGGUUGUCACCUUUACUUAAAUAGUGUGUUUUUUAUCAUUCAGGCAUGCAGAAACCAGAUUCCCCUCUCAAUGUACAUAUACCAUAAUGAUGGAAAA